CAUCUCUGUAUCGCCUGCCGUAACGCUGAGAAGAGCGAAGCCACGCGAGACCUCAUCCUGGCCACCCACCCCGCCGCUCAGGUCUCCACCGUGGAAGUGGAUCUAGGGAACCUGGCGUCUGUGCUGCGUGUGGCCCGGGAGCUCCGCUGCAGGUUUCAGCGCCUGGACUUUGUCUACCUCAAUGCUGGGAUCAUGCCCAACCCACACGUGAACUUCAAGGCUCUCUGGCAUGGUCUCCGCACCGGGAAGCUGAUUCACAUGCUGAGCACGGCGGAAGGUAUAAUGACCCAGACAGAUAGGCUUAACGGAGAUGGGCUGCAGGAGGUGUUUGCUACCAACCUCUUUGGACACUUUAUCCUGGUUCGUCAGCUUGAAUCUCUACUCUGUGGUAAAGAAAAACCUUCACGACUCAUCUGGACCUCCUCCAGCAAUGCCAGGGAGUCUGCCUUCAGCCUCUCUGACUAUCAGCAUGCCAAGGGGCGGGAAUCAUACAGCUCCUCCAAAUACGCUACUGACCUGACCAGUGUGGUUCUGAAUAGGAAAUUUAAUAAGCAGGGUCUGUAUUCCAGUGUUGUUUGUCCUGGUCUCGUUAUGUCUAACAUGACAUACAGAAUUCUGCCAGUUUUUCUGUGGAAGCUGCUAAUGCCUGUCAUGUGGUUGAUCCGCUUUUUUACCAAAACUUACACUCUGACGCCGUAUAAUGGAGCAGAAGCUCAUGUGUGGCUGUUCAAGCAGAAACCGGAGUACCUGGAUGCACUUGUCAAAUACCACAGCUGCACGUCUGGACUGGGGAAGCGCUUCGUGGAGCCCAGGAAGAUUGAUGUGGAUGAAGAAACUGCUGAGAAAUUUUACCAAAAGCUGUUGGAACUGGAGAAGCAGACUAUAGAGAAAUACAGUGAUCUCCUAGAUUAAGUAAAGCCAGUCUCGGUGGGAUAAGAGUCUUUUAUUGGUAACGUGGGUUUUCUUCAUUCUGGUGCUACCUGUGAUGCCUGCUGUUCUGCAGGCA